AUCAGAGCGGUCGAUCUUCAAUUUGGUAGUCUCUCAGUGCUAUAAUUAGUGAAUACACCUUCCGGAACCACACGAAGUAAUCAACGACUGGCCACAGGAUGCGGACCCUUCAGAUUGGAGCUAUUGUUUUGCUGUGCCUAGCAUUGGCUAUAGAUGCACAAUGGUUUGGGAAAAAGAAACAAGAAGAGGAUCCCAAUGUGGCCCUUCUUUCAUACGCCCCGGUGGAUCCCAGUGUAACACCUCCCUCAACAACGGCAGCAGGUCCCACCCCGAGCACCACUCCGAUUCCGACCACGACGACAAAGAAGGGUUUCUUCGGUAAACUCUUUGGCGGUGGUUCGAAGAAGGAAGAGAAGGUCACGACUACGACCACUACUACCACAACCACAACUACGCCUGCGACUCCUACGACGAAGAAGACAGGUUUCUUCGGCGGACUCUUUGGAAAGAAGGAUAAGACUUCCACCACGACCGUUGCACCAUCGACAACGACGAAGGCGGGCACGACGGUGAAGCCAGGAACGGUCACAACGGCAAAAAGUGCCGUUGCUCCGACGGUAACGACCGCAAAAUCUGUCUUGCCUGUGGCCGGAGGACCAAGCACGACCCCGAAACCGGUAUCAACGGCGUCGACCACGACGACUACGCCGACGACGACGGUGACGACUCCCAAGUCAAAGGAUGCCUUCCCUGCUCUUCCCACGUCUCGCAGUGGUAGUCCCACACCGGCACCUGUGCCAACUUCAACCGUUGCCAACGCGUGGACACGUACGCCACCAACUGUUCCGCCUGCCGCCGGUGGAAAGUCUGGUGUAAGCUUUGUACCGACCACCCCUGGAACGGCUGGUGCCAAGGUCAGUAGCACCCCGGCAUCCGCCAGUACGGUCAGCGAAGGACCGGCCAGUGAUGAGGAACUGAUGGCUCUGUCCGAGUUGCUGUUCACCAAGGACACGAACAGCCCGAGCAAACAUGUAACUAUCAACUACCAGAAGCAGACUUCUUCCUUCGUCAACACGGACGAGGCACCGAAUCCAUUCCUUACGGUGGACGAGGCCAAGAUCUACGCCAUUCCUACGAUCGAGAAAAUGCACGCCCUGUUCAACAACUACGAGCUGGACACGAUGACCAACGAGUACGUGACGCCGCUGGAGAAGAAGGAAGAGAACGAUUUCGUCGAUGCGCUGCUGGCCACCAACGUGAUGCGCCAGGCCAUGUUGUUCCUGCAGAAGAAGGGCAUCGUGACGGCCGACCCGAAGACGCACCAUGAACUGCUGAAGACCAUCUGGUUUACGCUUUACUCGCGCGGCAAUGGCAAGAUUGGUAGCUCCGGAUUCGAGCACGUGUUCCUGAACGAAGUGAGCAAUGGUACGAUGAUCGGUCUGCACAACUGGCUGUACGUGUACGAUAUGGAGAAGGCUGGCCGUAUCGACUACAAGGGUUGGAAUAAGAAGAUGGAACUUGGCACGAAAGGAGAAAUUGCAAAGGUCCGCCUAACGUUCGACAAUCUGCAGAAACCAUCGAACUCACUAUUCGUUGGCACGUCGCCUGAGUUGGAGAUUGCACUGUACACCGUGUGCUUCCAGACCCGCCCAGACAAGGAGUGUCCGCUGGCGGUGAACGGAAAACCGUUCACGAUAAAAACCUUCACGUUCCGCUAUCGGGGUAAAAAUCUAAUCGGAGGAGCUUGGCCAAACAUCUAAACCGCGCCAAGCAUACGCUAGCCUGCCGCAGCACGUGGAUAGCUCUGACCGCGUAAUGAACGGUUGGUUGCCAUUAUUUUAUCUUGCACACGCACGAUGUUAAUCAAGCCUGUAUACCUCGAAUUUUAAUAAAAAUCUAAAUU